AUGACGGAGGAGGUUGCGACAGAAAUUCCACGGCUAAGCGGAAUGAACGAAAUAACGGAUGUGGAAGAUGUGAUGAGGGUCGCUGCACCUCGGGAAGGCGCGCUGCGGCGCCGGCCGCGCGACAAGGCCCUCUCCCUCACGUCUAUCCCGGGCAAGACGAUGGAGGCGAUGGCUCUGUCCCGGCUCCAGUGGAUUGCGGAUGCCCGCGGUGCUCUACCUCCCGAGCAGUGCGGCUUCCGCGCUCGCCGUUCCACGGCGGAUUGCAUCGCUGUCGUCGUCGGCACCCUCGAGCAGGCCAGGCUCGACAAGGAGGCUGCCUUCUUGCUGCUCCUCGAUGUCCAGAGCGCAUUCGACUGCCUCCCUCACGACACCAUCCUCUCGGCCGUGCGGGCGCUCGGUGUGGAGGGCAGGCUCCCUGCUUACAUCGAGGCCUUCCUCGCCGGGAGAACAUCAGCUGUCCGAGUCGGGGGCACGGUCGGCUCGCCCCGUCCUGUGAGCUGCGGUGUGCCUCAGGGAAGCGUGUUGAGCCCGUUUUUGUUCAACCUUGCCCUCGCGCCCAUCAUCGAGUGCGUUCCCAAAACGGGCCGCUUCCCUGUGCGCUACGACAUCGCGCUUCUCGUGCACGAGCCGUCCUCUGCGACGGGGGAGAUGCGCUACCGGCUUCAGGCGGCGCUGGACGGCGUCGCGAACUUCCUGCGCGCCAUCGGCUUGCGGCUGUCGUCGACGAAAUCCGAGGCUAUCCUGAUCCGCCCCUGCGGUGUUCGCCGCCGCACCGGCUGCGUGCUCGUCGAAGGAGUGCCCCUGCCCUGGCGCCUGACAGUGCGGUACCUGGGGUUCACGAUAGACAACCGCCUCACGUGGUUCGUUGCUGUGCGCCGGCUGCGCGCUGAGAUGCGCCGAGUGGAGAGUGCGGUGCGCGGCCUUCUCGCCCGUGGCGACGGCUGCCCUGCCUCGUUCGCGGCGGCGCUCUACUCUGCGGUGGCACUGCCGAAAGUAUUCGACCACCGCCGAGCGCUUCGCGUGUGCCACGGCCUCCCUCGCUCAUCGCGGGUUGCGGAGACGCUCGCGGAAACUGGCGCGUGGCCCGUCACUUUGACGGCUGACCUGCGUGCCCUCGGCCACCUCGAGCGCCUCUCCUGUGCCCCGGAUGCAGGACCCAUCCGGUCCCUCAUCCGUUGCCUGCCCCAGUCAAGAGUGGGAACAGUGUGCGAACUGUAUGACAGCCUGGUGGUCGACCCUCCGCCCGUAACGCCAACCUGGCCACCGCCACACCAGCGCACACCACUUCACGUGUGUCUCGACCUCCCAGGCGUCCGCUCCAAACAUCGCACGCCUCUCUGCGCUGUACAGCAGGAGGCUGCUGCCAGGAUCGAGGACGACCUGGGAGGAAGGACGCACUUGUAUGCCAAUGGCUCCGUCCUCAGCGACGGCUCGGCGGCUGCCGCCUGUGUUGCUCCCGAACUUGGCAUCACGAAGCAGUGCCGGCUCUACUACCGGGCUUCCUCUACCACGGCGGAGCUAGCUGGACUUCACCUCGCUGCGGACUUCCUCGAGGAGUCGCCGCACAUCAGCAGCGCGGCGAUUCUCUGCGACUCGAGGUCCGCGCUGCAGCAGCUGCUACUCGACGAGCGCGCGCCACCCCUUGCACAGCGCCUUGCCGUCCGUCUGCACGCACUGCAGGGGCGAUGCAACCUACGCCUGCAGUGGAUCCCCUCGCACGUCGGAGUCGCGGGCAACGAGACGGCGGACCAGCUGGCCAGGCGCGCACACGACCCGUCGACCGCGCUGACAGAACGGGUGAGCUCGCUGGAUACAGCGCUACUCCACUUCAGACGGGAGCUCGCGCUCCGCCAUCCCGACGACCGAGUUGCGCAGCGCAGACACGGUUGA